CUUCUCAAGUUUCAGCAGCAGCAGCAGCAGCACGUGGAGCAGCCGCCUGGGUGGGGAGAUGCAACUGUAGCAGCUUAUCCGCCUCCUCUCGCAGAACAAUACGUGGAGGAUCCGGCAUGGCGAUAAUAACACCUCCUUAAUGUCACCCCUGUGCGGUGUCUGGAGCCGGGAGGAGGGGGCGCUGCGGAGACCCCGAGUGUCCAGCCGGGGGGAGAUGCCACGCAGGCAGCAGUAAGGCAGCAGGACACGGGGACCUUUGCGGGAGCCUGAGUCCCGGACUAUUUUCAGGAUGAGGCGCUAUUUGCGCGGAAGCGGCCGGGCUCUGGCUUUUAUAUUCAUCGCCUCGGUCACCUGGCUCCUGUUUGACAUCGCGGUACUCAGGAUCACUUUUAAUGAGAGCAAUGGCAAAGCGCUGCAGUCCGAGGAGCUGAUGCGCAGAGAGCUGGGCUUGGGGCGAGAGAGGAAGGGACGGGGUCGGUGGAGCAGGGUCAAGCAGCCUCUCUGGGACGAUAACAGUACUAAAUUAAAAGGGGUAUUCUUCCCUCCUGCAGCAGCAGGGGAUUCCAAACUUGGGCCAAGGCACAGAAAAGGAACAGUCAGACCCCUAAAGGUGCUGCUCAAUAACACUGUGCCACCCUCUGAGAACUUAGCCAAGGGCAAAUCUGAACACAUUGACAGGCACAACAAGGGGGGUUUACUUGGGGAUGGGAAAGGGGCAUCUGACAGAGGUAAGGCUGGGGCUGGGGGACACAAUGUGGAGGAAACUUUUGGCACAGAGGCUCAAGGGGCAGAGGGUGUGAAGGUUGAACCCUUGGAGGGAAUGAAAGAAAAGGAUCAGAGUAAAGAGAGUGCUGGGAAUGUUCAGGUGUAUCUCACUGGGGCAUUACUACAGGAAGGGAUAAAAGAGAAGGAGCAGAUUAAAGAGAGUGCAGGGGGUGCACAGGGGCCCCUCAGUUACACAUUAAACGCGGAAGGAAUAAAAAAGAAUCUACCAAUUAAAGAGAGUGCACGGGAUGUGCAGGGGCCCCUCAGUGACACGUUACAUGAGAAGGGAAUAAAAGAGAUGGAGUUGAAUAAAAAGGGUGCAGUGGAUUCACAGGGGCCCAUCAGUGACACAAUACAUGCGGAGGGAAUAAAAGAGAAGGAGCUGAAUAAAAAAGGUGCAGUGCAUUCACAAGGGCCCCUCGGGGACACAUUACAUGAGGAGGGAAUAAAAAAGGAGUUGAAUAAAGAGGGUGCAGUGGAUUUACAGGGGUCCCUCAGCGACACAUUACAUCAGAAAGAAAUAAAAGGGAAAGUGGACAUUAAGAGAGGUGCGGUGGAUGCACAGGGACCCCUCAAUGAUACAUUACAUCAGACUGAUAUGAAAGAGAGGGAGCCAGGUAAAGGGGCAGAAAGGAAUGGUCAGGCACCCAUCAAUGUUAUAUUACCCCAGGAGGAAAUAAAAGAUAAAUUACCAAGUAAAGAGGAUGCACAGAGGCCCCUCCCUCUCACCUUACAUCAAGAGGAAAAUAAGGGCCCAAACAAAGAGGCCUCAUUGCAUCUAGAGAAAAAGAACAAUAAGGAGCCAACUGAUAAUAAAUCCCCUUCAGACACCCAGAAACACCCUUUGGUUCCCAACCAACAGGAGGACAUGGUCAUGAUUGUCAGUAAGUUAAACUCUUCUGUUGUCUCAGCAGAUACAUUCAAUUUGAUUCCCAGCAUGCCAGAGAUGGCAGCAAAUAAAACAGCAGCAGCUCUUGCUCCCAUCAGCUCAAAUAUUACCAAGGCCUCAGAAAAGCUUGAAAAGACACCAUCCUUAUCUGUAAAGCCUGAGAAAAAGAAGCAAAGUCUCAAUGUCUCCAGAUCUAUUAGUUUUACCGAGGGUGUUCUAGUUAAAUCAGUUAAAGCUGAACAGAUCAAGGGAAAUAUGACACAGCUCAAAAAAGAGGAGCACGUGAAGGAUAACCAGGUGCCACAGGGCAAUUUAUCAAAGGACAAUGGACCAGCAAAACCAUGGAGUACCAAACUGCAUAAGGUUCUGUUUAUAGACAGAACGCAGGAUCCUAGGGAUUCCAAUGCCCCAGGACAGUUUGGGAGAGGUGUGGCCGUCCCUGAGGGCAAACAAGAAGAGGCUCAAAGCAGGUGGAACGAAGGAAACUUCAAUGUCUACUUGAGUGAUCUGAUCCCGUUGGACCGUGCCAUUGAGGAUACCAGGCCUAAAGGGUGUUCGGAACAAAUGAUUCACGAUGACCUCCCCACCACAAGCAUCAUUAUCUGCUUUGUUGAUGAAGUCUGGUCGACGCUCCUCAGAUCUGUUUAUAGUGUUCUAAACCGAUCACCGGAGCAUCUUGUCAAAGAAAUCAUUCUUGUGGACGACUUCAGCACAAGAGACUACCUCAAAGAAAAGUUAGACAUAUAUUUGAAGAAGAUUCCCAAAGUCCGAGUUCUUCAUCUCCCUGAAAGACAUGGACUAAUUCGUGCGAGGAUUGCAGGGGCAAAUAUUGCAACAGGAGACGUUCUGACAUUUCUGGACUCCCAUAUAGAAUGCAAUGUUGGGUGGCUGGAACCGCUUUUGGAGCAAGUUCGAUUAAACAGGAAAAAAGUAGCAUGUCCAGUGAUUGAAGUCAUUAGCGCUUUGGACAUGAGCUAUAUAACAGUAGAGAACUUCCAAAGAGGCAUAUUCACCUGGCCCUUGAAUUUUGCCUGGAAACCCAUGCUACCAGAAGUAAUUAAAAGAGAUAAAAUAACAGAGAUGGAUCCAAUAAAGUGCCCGGUCAUGGCUGGAGGAUUGUUCUCCAUUGAAAAGAAUUAUUUCUAUGAACUUGGUACCUAUGACCCUGGAUUGGAUGUAUGGGGGGGAGAAAAUAUGGAAAUAUCAUUUAAGAUAUGGAUGUGCGGAGGGGAAAUUGAGAUCAUUCCUUGCUCCAGGGUUGGUCAUAUAUUCAGAAAUGACAAUCCAUAUUCAUUCCCGAAGGACCGGGUAAAGACCGUAGAGAGGAACUUGGUCCGUGUUGCAGAGGUUUGGUUGGACGAGUACAAGGAGAUCUUCUAUGGCCAUGGGCAACAUCUCCUUCAUUAUAUCCCUGAUAUUGGGGACCUGACGGAGCAGAGGCAGCUCCGAGAGAAACUCCAGUGCAAAAGUUUCAAUUGGUACAUCGAGAAUGUGUUUCCAGACAUGGGAACUCCACUGCUCAGAGCCACUGGAAUGUUGUCAAAUCCAAAGCUUAGGAAAUGCCUCACCAUCGAAAACUCAUCUUUUGUCCUUGAGUCUUGUGAUGGAAGCAAAAAGAGCCAGCAGUUCAAUUAUACUUGGUUACGGCUAAUCAGACAAGGGGAUCUCUGCAUCAGUUCUAUUAAAAAUGAGGAGAGACUGACCCUCCAGCAUUGUGACUUCACAAACAUUAAUCAGAGGUGGCUGCACAAAUCGAAGAUCAGUUUUCAUGCAACUCUGAAAGAUCACAUUUUGUUGGAUAGCACUUUUGUAACAUGUCUUGAAGCAGAUGCGGUGAGUGGCGGCCUAAUGGGCAGAGAAUGUAACUCGUUUAAUCAUUACCAGAAGUGGCGCUUCGAGAGCUACCUUGUUCAGUGAAGAAGAUGCGGCUUCCCUGGGAGUUAAUUUAAUAUCUUCUGUGAGACAAUGAGACAUACUUCCCUUUUUACUGGAGCCCAGAGAAUAUAUUUUUGUAUGACCUGCUUCUUUUACAUGUGGUCGGAUGUUUACAAUUGAGUUUGAGCCUUACAGUGCUAUGACAGGGUAUGACAGUCUCAAGGAUAAAAUGUCUGCCAAAUGGAGAUGCUCCUGAAACAAUAUGGGGCACGGCUGAAAAAUUCUAAUGAAGAACUGGAUAAAAUGUGACUUUGCGCUACCGGGGGUUUGGUGGGAUUUUUUAUGGACUGCAUGUUUGUAUGCGUCUGUUACGUUACUUAUUUUUUAAUUUAAUGAAUAUGUAUGUAUAUAUGCACAUAUAGGGUCAACUUAAGACAAAGAUAAAGUAUAAUUUUGCCUGCAAAGGCAGGCUGUUAUAUAAUAGAAUCCUCAGUGAGGCUAGGGCUACGGCAAAUACAUAUGGUACGUAAAAAUAAGGCUUGUUUAUAUUAGCCACAUUUUAUGCCAUUCUGAAGCUUCAGUUUAAGAAGAAACUAAAGUUCAGUAUAAAAAUAAAAACUGGGUAAAUAGAUAGGCUGUGUAAAAUAAAAAAUGUUUCUAAUAUAGUUUGU